UCCUUCCCUCUCUCCAUCUCCACUCCUUUCUCUCUCUCCCUCGCUCUAGAUGCGCGCGCUCGCUCUCUACUUCCGGUUUCCCCGAGCACUUCCGCCAGCGGUCGCUCCGUCUCCGCGGGUUGAAGAUUGGCGGCAAAUUCAAGCGGGAGAUCGAUGGAUAAUUUUAAAGAAGAUAUGCAAAGUCAGCUGGAUGAAAAGCUGAGUGAAACCAGAGCAAAAUUUUUUAGUUUGUGGGAGAGCUGUAAUCCCGAAGGAUUCAAAUCGAGAUAUGGAGAAUCCUUGAAAAUCACCAGAGACAGGUGCCUCGAAAUAUAUGAUGAAGAGAAACAGAUGCGUGAUAAAGUCCAAUUAACAAAAAAGGCUGUUGCUGAGCAGAGCACCUUGUUGCAGACGAUGCAGGAAGAUAUACGCGUCGCAAACCAACACUUUCAAAGUUGUGAAAAGCAGAAGCAGGAAUUGGUAGAAAAGAUCAAGCAACUGAAAGAAGAACUUGUCAAAAAGCAGGAAUCAAUUUCUACACAAAAGCAGGAGAACAAAGCAAAGCUGAAGGAACUGAAUACAUCGGCAGAGAUGUUCAAGAAGAGAAUGGGUCUGGAAAUCCGCAGAGUGCAUGGUGAACAACUGCAAUUCAUCUUCAAAAACGUCAACAGCAAAGACCCCGGGCAGCUGUUUACAUUCUUACUGAAAUUUAACGAAGAAGGGAAUUAUGAAGUCGUGUCCUGUGACCCUCCGCUGGAAUGUAUGCCUCUACUGCAGGAGAAGCUCAAGGAGAACAACAAUUUCUCUGCAUUUCUUGCAAACGUCAGGAAGGCCUUUACUGCACUGGUGUAACUCCAAGAUACAUUUGUGAUUUGUGUUCAACUUAAGAAAUGUAAGCUUCGGCUAUUAUAUUUGCCAUCCACAGACCAUGUAAAUACACUCUUGUGCCUGUCUAUUUUUGCUGAUUAUAAGUCAGUGGUAAUUUCAACCAUUUCUGACAGUAAUUCAAAAUACUUUUGACGUCAAAGUUUGCUCCAGCUGUGAUUGAUCAAUGUUUUCUUUCGCCAUCUGCAUAAAUGUGAGACUUAUCUGUGUGGGAAGGAACUGCAGAUGCUGCUUUAAAUCGAAGAUAGACACAAAAAACUGGAGUAACUCAGCAGGUUGUGGCAGCAUCUCUGGAGAAAAGGAACACGUGACAUCUCGGAACGAGACCCUUCUUCAGAAUGUCUCAACCCGAAACGCCUCCUAUUCCUUCUCUCCAGAGAUGCUGCCUGACCUGCUGAGUUACUCCAGCUUUUUGUGUCUGUCAGACUUAAUUAAUGUUUGUUUAAGUGCUCGGUAUUUUAAUUUUGCACCUUCCCCUUUCUUUACCUCGCACCUUUUUGGCCUUUUGUCAUUGGCCUUUGUCCAAUCAUCUAUCAAUCUAAAAAAAUCCUU